GCUCUCAAACGCUGCUUCUCCUCCUCGCUUUUGUUAUCUACGAGAUGGGACAACUCGGCUGACUUUGGAGAGGAACCACAAGCAUCCCAUGCAGAUCUGACUGAGUGAGAAGAAGAAAUAACAACGUAUUGAACGACAAGGAGGGCCAAAAGCGAAGGCUAUCCUGAAACUCUCUGUUGCAACCAAGUGGCGUCCCUUCUUUGCAACUUCAUACGGUCCUUCGUCUACCAAGAGUGCAAAGAGAGGAACUGAGGAUGGCGCUGUCCGCGUGGGUCGUGGCCUUCAUGGCCAUCUUUCUAUCCCAUCAAGAUGCUAGCGGUGGACUCAUCAAGAGAAUUAUCCGGCAGAAGAGGGAAACGGGAAUCAACGUGACACUACCGGAGGAUAACCAACCAGUGGUCUUCAACCACGUCUACAAUAUCAAUGUCCCCGUGGGCUCCCUUUGCUCCGUGGACUUGGAUCCCCCCAGUGGAGACUCGGAAUUCGCACUUCCAUCUGAGCCAGGAAAACACUAUCAGGAGCACACGUUGAAUGAAGACAAUCAGAUUGUGUUCACGCACCGGAUCAAUAUCCCGCGACGGGCUUGCGGGUGUGCGGCGGCCCCUGAUAUCAAGGAGCUGCUCAGCCGGCUGGAGGAAUUGGAAGAGCUGGUAUCUUCUCUGCAGGAACAGUGUGGCAGUGGGUCAGGGUGCUGUUCCAGUGCACAGACGGCAAAAGGUACCAUCGAUGCUACUCCCUACUGCAGUGGGCGAGGAAACUACAGCAAUGAUGUUUGUGGUUGCAUCUGUGAACAGGGGUGGAAAGGACCAAAUUGCUCCGAACCAGAAUGCUCACAGAACUGUAACGAGAGGGGCCAGUGCAUCAACGGGCAGUGUAUUUGUGAUUAUGGUUACACCGGCUACGAUUGUGGAGAGCUGGCCUGUCCUGGGGACUGCAAUGAUCAAGGCAAAUGCGUGGAUGGGAAAUGUGUGUGUUUCGAUAGUUACGCCGGGGACGACUGCGGCCUCGAGGUCUGCCUGGUGCCCUGCAGUGAGUAUGGCAAUUGUGUGAACGGGCAAUGCAUCUGCAUGGAAGGUUUCACCGGGGUGGACUGCAGCCAAUCCCUUUGCCUUAACAACUGCAACAAUCGGGGGCGCUGCGUGGAAGAGGAGUGUGUGUGCGACGAAGGCUACACGGGUGAGGACUGCAGCGAGCUCAUUUGCCCCAACGAUUGCUAUGAUCGGGGUCGUUGCAUCAACGGCACCUGCUACUGCGAAACGGGGUUCACUGGUGAGGACUGUGGGGACCUGGCCUGUCCAAACGACUGUCACCAUAACGGUCGCUGUGAGAACGGUGUGUGUGUGUGCAAUGAAGGAUUCACUGGAGAUGACUGCUCUCUACAGAGAUGUCCCAAUGACUGUCACAACCAGGGACGUUGCAUCAAUGGGCAAUGUGUGUGCAAUGAAGGCUUCUUGGGACCAGACUGUGGCGAGGUGAGGUGUCUCAAUGACUGCCAAAAUCGGGGGCAGUGCGUGAAUGGGCAGUGUGUCUGCGAUGAAGGCUUUGUGGGUGAGGAUUGCAGCCAGCGCAGGUGUCCCAACGAUUGCCACAAGCGGGGGAAAUGUGUGGAUGGCCAGUGUGUAUGUGAAGAAGCUUUCACGGGCCUUGAUUGCAAUGAACUGCGGUGCCCCAAUGACUGCAACAACCACGGGCGCUGCAUUGACGGGCAAUGCGUAUGUGACGAAGGGUACACCGCUGAAGACUGCUCAGAACUGACCUGCCCCCAGGACUGCAACCAUCGCGGCCGCUGUGUCAAUGGGGUCUGUGAAUGCAAUGAAGGCUUCCUCGGAGAGGACUGCGGGGAGCUAGCUUGCGUCAACAACUGCAACAAUCAAGGCCGUUGUCUGAAUGGACAGUGUGUCUGUGACGAGGGCUUCACUGGCAUAGACUGUGGCCAACGGAAGUGCCCCGAUGACUGCAACAACAGAGGGCAGUGCAUUGAUGGUGUGUGCCUAUGUGACGAAGGAUAUGAAGGCCCUGCUUGUGCGGAGCAGUCCUGCCCCAACAAUUGCAAUGAUCUUGGUCGUUGUGUAGCCGGGCGAUGUAUCUGUGAAGAAGGCUUCAUAGGUGACGACUGUUCAGAUGUAUCUCCUCCAAAGGAUUUGACGGUGACAGAAGUGACAGAUAAAACCAUCAACUUGGAAUGGGCGAAUGAAAAUGUCGUCAGUGAAUAUCUCAUCAGCUACAUUCCAACCAGCAUCGAUGGCUUAGAACUUCAGUUCCGGGUACCUGGAAACAAAACAUCGGCCACCAUCCAGGAGUUGGAACCUGGUGUGGAAUAUUUCAUCCGCGUUUUUGCCAUCCUAAGGAACAAAAAAAGCAUCCCCAUUAAUGCCCGGAUUGCCACUUACUUGCCUGCCCCUGAUGGCUUGAAGUUCAAAUCAGUUAAAGAGACCUCCGUGGACGUUGAAUGGGAUGCCUUUAAUUUCCCUUUCCAUGGGUGGGAGAUUAUCUUUAAAAGCAUGAAAGAGGAAGACAACGGGGCCAUCCGAAGCAGUUUGAAGAGCCCUCAAACAACCUACCUACAACAAGGCCUUGCACCAGGACAGCAAUAUAAUGUAUCUCUGGUUGUCGUGAAGAAUGAGAUCAGAGGACCUGCUGUGUCAAGAAUUGUAACCACAAAACUGGAUGCCCCCGCCCAGAUUGAAGCAAAGGAUGUUACCGACACGACCGCCCUCAUAACAUGGUUCAGACCCUUAGCUGAGAUUGACGGACUUGAGCUGACUUAUGGGCCCAAAAAUACCCCAGGGGACCGAACGUCCAUUGAUCUCUCCGAAGACGAAAGCCAGUAUUCCAUUGGAAAUCUGAAGCCACACAUGGAAUAUGAAGUGACCCUCGUGUCUCGACGUGGACUUAUGGCGAGUGACCCCAUCACUGAAACCUUUGUCACAGAUCUGGAUGCUCCCCAAAACCUGAGACGCAUUUCUCAGACGGACCGCACAAUCACCCUGGAGUGGAAAAACAGCCAAGCCAUGCCAGAUGUCUACAGGAUCAAAUACGCCCCACUCUCAGGCGGAGAUCACGCUGAGGUCACAGUGCCCAGAAGCAACCAGGCCACCUCCAAAGUUACCCUCUCUGGCCUGAGGCCGGGAACAGAAUAUGGCAUUGGCGUAACAUCGGUGAAAGAGGACAAAGAGAGUUUUCCGUCCACCAUCAACGCUGGAACCGAUCUGGAUAGUCCCAAGGACCUGGAGGUUGUAGAUCCUACUGAAACUGCUUUUACUUUACGUUGGAAGAGACCCUUGGCCAAAAUUGACCGCUACCGCCUUACUUACGUCACCCCACUGGGGAAGAAGAAUGAAAUUGAGAUUCCAGCUGAUAGCACAUCCUACAUCCUCCGCUCCCUAGAUGCUGGGAUGGAAUACACCAUCACCCUCGUGGCUGAAAAAGGCAGACUCAAGAGUAAGCCUUCAACCGUCACUGGUUCUACAGGUAGGUGAGAUUCUUUCUCCUCACUUAAGUCCACUGGGAGAUCUGUUGAUCAUCCACUUUUCUCUGGCGCCACUGUGAAGAAGUUGGUCUCCUCUAAAUGCAUUGAGAAGUAGGGAGAUGCCUUCUCUAGUCUUGUCUGUGGAGAUCCUCAAUCAUGGUUGUCCCAAAGAUAGACUUUCUUUUGGUGCUUCUCAAACCUUUUUCCUCACCUUUGACGUCCUCCACAUGGGUAAGCAGCUACCUUCCAAAUUUCUCCUUGCAAAAAAUUCCAGCAGUUGAAACCCCAAACAUCUGGCUGGGAGAACCCUAUUGAACAAGAGCUAUUUUCUAAAGGAUAUUUCCGUUGUGGCUUCCUCCAUGCCAACCUGUCAGAGUUUGUUUCAGGAAUCAAAUCCAGAAAGCACACACAGGUUAACUGAUUCAGCCAGAUUCAUUAACUUCUGUUUAUAUAUAAUACAACAUUUAAG